CGACCGCAGCGCCGCGCCUGCGCGUAGCCCUCUGGUGGUUGAUCGGGGAGUGUGGCGGCGUGCGUGCUCGCCCCCAGCGUUCAGUCGGAUGCUGUUGCUCGAAUGGAGCGGUUACCAGAGCAGGGGGGAAGGAAUAUUUCGGGCCAUGCUCUAGUCCCUUUCUCGUCGGCACGAUGUCACGAUUUCCUACCUCGAUACUUUGAUUGGCAACCUUAGCAACGGCCUGGCGACACUAGACACCACGCGUGUUACCUGUCUGUGUCUGUCCACCUCUACAUGGUUUUGUGUCUCUCCCUCACGGAGCGGGUUGAAAACUCGGCAGCUCUGCGGGGUAUAUUCCCCAAGCUGUGGCGAGACCUCGUGAUCAGUCAGCCGUGCGACAGAAUAAACGCGGACACGCACAAGUCUCGUUACGCGGCCAGAAAACAUUCGCCGGCGAAAGAGACGUGGAACUCGAGCGUGUGUGGCAGCGAUGCACGUUGUCUCGUGGUUUUUGUGACUGGACGUGACCGGGAUAUUUCGUGGUGCCUGCACUGUGGAAGCUACGGUGGACUGGCCGAGCGGAGAGGGUCGAAAAAUCGUGGGCGACAUUUUUGCGGAAUCCUGGGCCACGGAGAUGUCACGCUGAAGGGGCUCACGGGAGGGGUCAGAAGGAGGAGGUCGAGGACAGCUGAAGCCAUGCUCAGAUCCUGAUCGCGACGGCCCCCCGGGGGUGGUGAAACGGUGGAACGGAUCGCCGAGGUCGGACGGAGCCGGGGUAGCUGGAGCGCGGACCUGGGGGAGGUUGGAGAAUGAGCAUGUUCAGCAUCCUGCGUAGAAAUUGGGCACUUCGCGUGUCGGUGGUGCUCAACAUCUGCGUGUUGCUGUACGUGUGCGCCCACUUCGGCUCCUCCGGGCCCUGGAUCGAGGAACCGCCGACCAACUGGGCGGCGCCGUUGCAAUCGGAGACUUUCGGCGCCGUGGACAUCGCCAACGGCACGCAGAAGGGCGCCACGUCGUCGGUGGUACCAGCUACCAGGGAUGCCAACGGCAAGGUCGCUGUCAGCAAGGUCUCCCAGCGCGGCAACGCCACCAGCAUGACCAGGACGAGGCUUCUCACCAUGAAACCCACGCCGAACGAGGCCAAGGUCGACACGGAGCCCUUCUCCAAGGAAGAGGUGAAGGUGAAUCCGCCGACCGUCCUGCCGACGAUGAGCCUGCAGGAGGCGGUGCUCUGCAACGAAAAGUCCUCGGCGCCGAGGAGAGCACAGCGUGGCGAUUACUGGGUCCUGUACAAUUACGUGCCGAUGAGCAUGGCGGUGAGAUGCUGGGAAAGCGUGACGUACACCACCCACGCGGACUACACGUUCCUGGACAAUCUGGAGCCUCUGCUGGAGCGAUGGAGGGCACCGAUAUCGAUCGCGAUGCACGCCCCUGGCACAGACUUCCCGGCGACCCUCGACGCCAUCAAGUACUCGAGAAACUGUGGCAGCCCGCUGGUUGCUCAGCUGGUCACCUUCCAUGUCUUCUUCAGCAGUAAACACGUGCCAAAAGUGGUACCGCCAUCCGAGAAAGUUGCGUCCGAUACGUACAACUGCACGCUGGGGCCACCGUGGGUUAACGUCACGCUUUCGAAGAUGUACAAAAACGAGAAGAAGCUGCUGUACCCCGUGAACGUUGGCCGUAACAUCGCCAGAGAGUCCGCACCGACGUUCUACGUAUUCGCCAGCGACAUCGAGCUCUAUCCGAAUCCCAAUUUGCCUGCAAAGUUCCUCGAGAUGAUCACCAGAAAGGAUCAACCGGCCCUUUACAAGCCUAAUCCGAAAGUUUUUGUACUCUCCAUCUUCGAGGUGGACGAAAAGAAUCAACCACCGAAUAACAAAACGCACUUGGUUCAAAUGCUGAAGGCUGGCACCGCCAUUCCUUUCCACAAAAAAUUGUGUUCCGGUUGCCACAACGUUCCACGAAGCAAAGAAUGGCAGGAGGCGCCGGAGACCGAAGAUCUCCACGUGUUCCACGUCGGCAAAAGGACCGGGACCUUUGUUCACUGGGAGCCCAUUUUCAUUGGGACCAAUAACGACCCAUUGUACGACGAGAGGCUCAGCUGGGAAGGGAAGAGCGACAAAAUGACCCAGGGUUACGCGCUGUGCGUUCUCGACUACGACUUCCUGAUCCUGGACAACGCGUUCCUAGUCCAUCGUCCGGGCAUCAAGAUCUUCAAGAAGGAUGCUCACCGGGAGAUGCUCACCGCGAAGACGAACGCGCUGAUCAAGAAGAUAAUCAUACCGGAAUUGAAGAUCCUUUACGGAACUAGGAAGGGUUGUGCCGUGUAGCCCGUGGAGAACAGAGCGCGACGCGUGCUCCACAGGUGUCCUUCUGCGAAAUGGCAGCAUCUGAGAUCGUCCUCGACGUUCAGACGAAAGAUCAGUGGACUUGCAACGCAACAAAGUUUCGUUUCUUUAACGUUUUAUUCGAAGCCUCUAACAGGCGAGUGACUUCAGAUAUGCUUCGGAUAACGCCCUUCAGUCAAACUGUCCAGAGAAUCCUGAAGAGUGUAGGUAGACAGUCUCGCCCCUUUUCCUGGCGACGACUUACGCAUCGGCAUCGUUGUUUCUCAUUCCUGGAGGAUGAAAUAGCGUUGG